AUUUCUGGUUCUAGAUCCUUGAGGAAUCGCCACACUGUCUUCCAUGGCUCUAAGUAUUUCUUAAUCCUCAUACAGGCAGACUUUCUUACUAAUCUCUUUAGAGAUGAGGAAAGCAGGGUGCAGAGGUUAAGAACAUGCCGGGGCCACAGGCUUCAGAGAGGGGUGAAACUGGCCUUUGAAGCUAGGUCAUCCAUCUCUAGAAGCCACACCCUUAAGCCUCUGCUGCAGGAGAUGAAAGUUAAGCAUAGGCAAUGAGGAGUCACUGAAGAUUUUGGUUUUCUGAGUCCUGAGCUGCACUUCAGAAAAAACAGUCUGGUAGUGAUGACCAAGUGACUAAUUCAGAGGGCAUUUUGAGAGACUCAGUGAAAGGAAUGAAAACCUGGACCAGUGUGGUGGCUGUGGGAAGGGGCAGGAGAGACACUUGUGCAAGGGGGAUUCAGCAGGUGGAAUCUGGGGCUUGCACUGAUUGGAUACAGGAGUAAAGUUGCUUAAACAGGGAGAGGUGAGAAUGAGGACACCAUUGUUAGGAAACAAAAAUCAGGAUAUGUAGCUGGAUUUAGGGAGAAUUAUAUGCCUUCAGUUUUGGAUGAGUCAGUUCUGGACUGCUCUCAUUCCAGGGGAUGUUGGAAACAGAGACUGGAUCCCUGAGGAGAUGCUGUUGGUAAGCAUUGAUUAACAUCAUGGGACUCUGAAUGGGCAGUAGGGUAACUCAGAGGAUGCCAAGAGAGAAUAGAAAGAUAUAAUAAAAGAGGAUGAGCACAAGACCUUGGGGAACAUAAUUACAAAGGAUGGGGAAGAACAAAAACCCACCACACUGCAGGAGAAUGAACUCUCAGAGAGGCAGAUAGAUGACCAAUGAAUCUGCUGACCCACUAGCAACCAACAGGAGGAAUUUUCUGAGGGAGACACAGUUAAUGGCACCACCCUUGAUUCAUAUAUCAGAGAAGGGGAAAUGGAGGGUGUUGAGGGGAAGAACCAGUGAAAGAGGAAGGCUUGGUAUCACCCUGCCAACUCAGUUCAGAUGAAAAGUGUGAGAGGAACUGAGAGAUUAUCAUUUGGCUGGCAGAGCAGAGUUCUCAGGGUCCUGGAAGCUGGCUGCCUUCAAGCCUAUUAAUGGUGAAUGUUUCUUAUGCUGUUUUUUGCUAAAUUUGACAAACCCAUUCAUCUUCCUCCUCAAAGUCAACUGAGUUAUUCACUCAGUUAAAUCCAUCAUGACUUAAGAAGUAUAUGCUUAGCUUGGAGAGGGGGUUACAUCUGUUCCUGUAGUCACAUAAUUACUGGAGACAUGAAGGAAGAUUCCAGCAACUCAGGCCCCUUCUGAACAGGUUGAAUACCUGGUUUUUACGAGCAACCAGCUUCAGUUUUCUGAGAAGCUCUGAGUAACUACAAGUAAACUACAAGUCUGUUCUUGAAUAUGUUUAUAAUAAAAAAGGAAAGAUAAUGCAGUUAUUUGCUAAUUGCUGCAAUGAUUAAAGCAAGAUUUUUCAAGUUUAUCCUUUCAUAAGACCGGCAACCUUUUGAACACAAACAGGAUCUGACAAAAAUAGUAAUAACGAAAGCGGGAGAACAAGGAAGCAAUGCCAGUUUUCUUCAGAACAAUCAGUUGCCACCGACUUCGAACCUACCUGCAGUUUAAAGUUUCUUUGGCUGGGACUAUCUUCUGUUUUUUCAGUGCUGUACUGUGAUUCAGCCAAACUUCAGCAAAAAAGGAAGUGCUGCGUUAUACUAGUAUUGAAAGUUAUGUAGGUGGAUUUUUUAAAAAAAACACUACAGCCUAAAUUUUCUUAGCAAAAGUCAAAUGAGUAACAACACACAGUUUGGAAACAUUUGGAUAGGAGAAAACAAAUAUCUGAUAAGAGUACUUAAAAUCUGACAAAAAAAAAAAAAAAAAGGUGGGAGGAGAGUGAGAAAAAGCCCCUGACAGGUAAUGGUAGAAACGUGACAAAUGGAAGGUCAUUCUAAUGAGAGAGGCAGCCUGGUCUCAUGGAAAGAGACUUUGGCCUUUGGAAUCUGACCUUCCCGGAUGUGAAUUCCAGGUGUGCAGACUCCUGGCCGCAGUGCUUUUGGGAAAGGUGCACUAAUGUUCUGAGCUUCAUUUUCUUAGCACAUUAUGAGGCAUAUGGCAAAUAGACAGGUGGGUUACUUCUCUCUCCACGCCAGGUUUCGGAGGUUUCAGAGAAGCUGGUCUGACCCCAUCUCCCAGUGUCAUUGAGAAAACUGAAGCUCGGAGGGGCUGGGUCACUUGCCUGAGGUUUUGCAGCACAUAGAAGAGCUCGUUCUCCUAAUGUGGUUUGGAACUCCUCACCAGGCCUCCUCCUAUCCCAGGUGGAAACUAAAUCCCACUGAUUCUCCACCCUCCUUCUUCCCCAGGACAAGGCUGAGCUCAAGGCUUGUCCCUAAGGCAGCUGGUGAAGGAAAGGUUCAUCUUGGAGGUAGAAGCGCUGGACUGGAGUCCCCACCUGUGGGCUGAGGGAUCCUCCACACGUGAUUCAGCCUCUUAGUUUCUCAUUUGCAAAAGGCAGGGUAAUUCCUACCACAGGACAACAAGGAAGUUAAAUGGUAUAAUUUUUUGUGAAAGUGUUGUGGAAAGCACUUCCGUCUUCUAUCUCAUGAAUCAGUAGGGAAUGAGCAUUCUCAAAAUGACCAGAACGAUUCCUAAUUUCCUUCCUAAGGACCUGAUUCCCUUUUUAUACGUUCUUUUUGUUCUAAAAACAAAACUUACUUUAUAAAGAAAGCCUGAAUUCCAGAGCCAGAGUCUAUCCUUUAAAAACUUUCAAGCUUUUUUUUUAAAAAAAAAAAAAAAAACUUAUAAAAGGCAUUAUACCCUAUAAGCCACUCAUACUUUCAUAAGCAAGAGUUGCAAUGUGAAAAAACAGUGGUCAACAGUGAAAAAACUCACUUGCUGGGUUUGCCUGUAUGAACAAGUAUUGUUAAUACAAAUUGAAUCAGAAAUUACCCUUGUCAUUGUUUUCUUCUGGAGUUUCUUCUUUCAUUUCUGUUUAAAAAUACACAGACACAUUUUAAAAAGUAACUAUCUUCUAUGUUUUAUAAGGAGGAGAAGGUGAUAAAGAAGAAGAAAAUGAAUUUGGCAUGCAAGUGGGCCUGGCUCUGGAAUUCGGGUGGGUCUAGGAAAAAGUACAGACCUCAGUGGAAAACAUAUACGGGUGUGUGGGAAAUCCCUGUAAACUAUAAAUUGACUACACAGUGCUUAAGCUGGUGUGGAGAGAAACCACAAUGCUCUCUGAAACCAGAGAGGAGGGGACAGAGAGUAAGUUUUGCAUGAAGAGAGCACAAACUGUCCCUGGGAGAUGGAGCUGCUAGUAAUUUUUGGCAGGCUUAACUGGAUCUAUUGAAAGUUACCACUGUAAAACCCCACUGUUGCACCCUGGGGUUCUCCGUGGGAUGCCCCUACUUGUAUCAUCCAGGAACCCUAUGGCCUGACUCUGCUUCACCCACACUUCUUCCCACUGCUCCCCAACAAGGCCCCCCCGUUCAGUUGUUCCUGUAUGCUUCCCCACUUCACUGCCAUUGCCUGUGCUGUUCCAUUUCCUGGAAAGCGUUCUUUCCCUGUUCUAUUAGAAUCUCAUUAUGAAGUUUGAAGCCCUUCAAGGACUGUCAAGACUCAGCUUUCCCUUCCCCAUGGGGCCUUACCUCUUCUACACUUUCUAAAUGUUAUCUUCUCCAGGCUGAACAAAACCUAGUAUGUCUCUGUGCCGCUAAGGACUAAUCAGAUGCUGUGUCCUCAUUCAUUUGGUGUUGGUGCCUCCCAUAUCUCCCAUCAGAUUACCAGCCCCUGGAGGGCUGAGAGCACGUUAGACUUGGCUGAGCUAGAAUCAGCUCCCUUUUGCACCCUGAGCUGAGUGCAUGCAGGUCUGCAUUUGUAAUCUAGCCUAAUGCAACAUGAAAUUUAUUAUCUCUCUUUCUACAAAUGAGGAAACUGAAGAUCAGGGAGACAGCGUCACUCGUCCAAAGCUACCAGCCCAGGUGCCUUUCAGAAGGCAUCUCACUCCAUCUUCAGGAUGAUCCCAGGGGGUAGGCUUUCAGACUUUGACUCCUCCUAUAAGGUCAUCACUUGAAGAUCUGAGAUUUGAACCCAAGUCUGUCUGGCUCCUACCCUGUACCUUUCCCACUAUAGCAUAUUGUGUCCCUGUCACCAAACUGCCCAACACGAAGUUGAACAUGGAAUCAUGUCAAAUGAACUUGUGAUCAUCCCAUUUUGUCAAAACUAAGAGAACAUUAAAAAAAUCAGCAAAUUUGACCAGAGCAGUGUAUUUAUGGCAAGACCAAGGCAAAACUUGAUUCCUUAUUCUCUGCUUUAUCAUAACGACUGAAAAGGUUCACAGGUAUAUUCAUAUUUAAGGGAGUGUGUAACUGUUCUAAUUCCCUAUACGUUGCAUGCAUCAUCAGGAAUUUCAUAUGCAGCAGAUAGGCAUACAGCCAGAUUUCUGCAACAGCCAAAGGCAUUUCUGAGUGGCAACACCACUCUGAUCUGGUGGAGCCAUGUCCAUCUGGACACUGGGGAGCCCCAGGCCAGCAGGGUUUCUGCUAAGUGGACCUUUCCAAAUCCUCUCUGGGACAAAACCAGGUUGGGCAUCUUCAAGAAAAGAUGCUCUUGUAAAGUUGUUGUAGCUGCUUAAAUAAGCCCCAAAUAGAAUCUAGUCAGUCUCUCUGUGCUUUUCUUUAAAUUUCCCUUCAUAGAAAGCUAAAACUUAAAGAGAUUUCAGAGAAGCUAGUCUGACCCCAUCUCCCAGUGUCAUUGAGAAAACUGAAGCCCGGAGGGGCUGGGUCACUUGCCUGAGGUUUUGCAGCACAUUCUCCUAAUGUGGCCUAGAACUCCUCACCAGGCCUCCUCCUAUCGCAGGUGGAAACUAAAGAGGAAAAGAUGAAGCUGAACUCAGAGGGAAGCAACAUAAUUAAACUGGUUUAUCGUUUGGCAACAGAGAUCAGAGGAGUGAGUGGAAAGAAACUGAAAAUCGGUUAAACACUCGCAGUUUGAAAGAGGCAUGCGAUUCCUGCUUUUCCUAAGCAGCUGAAAUGUGUUUAUAGAUCCUUCCUGGAGCUCUCUCAUUGCUAUUGUCCUAUAAGGGGAAUUCCUGGAGACUGAGCUGGGUGGUAUUUGAGUAUUCUUCUCAAUGGAAAGCAAUGAGCCUGUGUGCUACACUGCUUAGGCCACACGAUCCCCCAAGCCUGGGCUGCCAAACGUGGUCAUCAUUGUUCCAGCAGAUCAUACCCAUCCUGUGCAGAAGGUCACUGUAGGAACACAUGGCACAGGGAAGAACACGCCCAUAAAAAUUCACAUGGUGCUUGUCUAAACCGAAGGCAGGUGAGAUCCAUCCACUGUCAUGGGGAGCUGCUAGCAUGCUCCCAUGUGUUUACAAUAAUUUCUCCACCAAAAGAGGCUGCUUUAAAAACAAACUGCCAAAACCUGUGACCCAGUGCCACAUUGAGACAGAAAGCAUGGGACUGUGACCGUUUUAAGAAUUACUAAAGUAUGAGGCUUGACCAGAUCAUUUUUCCAAGGAUCCAGAGCCCUUUAGAGAGAAUUCAAGAGAAUUUCUGGUGACUUCUACCACCUCUGAAGAAUUAAAAAACUCACGUGUGCUGCUUUCUCGGCCUCUGUGGUAGUUUAUUCUGCUUGGCAGUUUUUGUUGUCAAAUAGUUUUUUAAAAAUCUGGAGCUAUCUCAGAUAUAAAUACCUUAUGAUGCCAAAGGACUGUCUUUCACCCAUAAAAACUGAAGCCAUGUGCCAGAAGCCCUCGUGGCUCAAGGGCUCUGUCCUUGGACACGGAUGAGGGCAGCUGGGCGGUGGGACCGAGGCUCUGCCUGAAUGCUCAGCUUCUGCAGGCUAGGGUGGAGAGUGUGCUCCCGCCUACUGGCUCGGCCAGCACAGGAGCACGUAUCCUGCAGGUUUGGGUUGCACACAGGCUUUCCCCUGCGGAGUCAGUUCCCCAGACCUCUUCAUCACUUCCCCAGAUCUCUGGGAUCUUCCGCUGAGAUUGGGCCCCAGCACCUGGACUCAAGGCAGUAGCAGAAUCCCAUGGUAGCCAGGUGGGUGAAGGGGAGCGCGGACGUUCUACCUGCCUUGAAGAAGACACCUGACCUGCGGAGUGAGUGACCAGUAUUUCCAGAGCCUGGCCAUGGAUGCCAUUCACAUCAGCAUGUCCAGCACCCCCCUGGUGAAGCACACUGCUGGGGCUGGGCUCAAGGCCAACAGACCCCGCGUCAUGUCCAAGAGUGGGCACAGCAACGUGAGAAUUGACAAAGUGGAUGGCAUAUACCUACUCUACCUGCAAGACCUGUGGACCACAGUUAUCGACAUGAAGUGGAGAUACAAACUCACCCUGUUCGCCGCCACUUUUGUGAUGACCUGGUUCCUUUUUGGAGUCAUCUACUACGCCAUCGCGUUUAUUCACGGGGACUUAGAACCUGGUGAGCCUAUUUCAAAUCAUACCCCCUGCAUCAUGAAAGUGGACUCUCUCACUGGGGCAUUUCUCUUUUCCCUGGAAUCCCAGACAACCAUUGGCUAUGGAGUCCGUUCCAUCACAGAGGAAUGUCCUCAUGCCAUCUUCCUGUUGGUUGCUCAGUUGGUCAUCACGACCUUGAUUGAGAUCUUCAUCACCGGAACCUUCCUGGCCAAAAUUGCAAGACCCAAAAAGCGGGCUGAGACCAUCAAGUUCAGUCACUGUGCAGUCAUCACCAAGCAGAAUGGGAAGCUGUGCUUGGUGAUUCAGGUAGCCAACAUGAGGAAGAGCCUCUUGAUUCAGUGCCAGCUCUCUGGCAAGCUCCUGCAGACCCAUGUCACCAAGGAGGGGGAGCGGAUUCUGCUCAACCAAGCCACUGUCAAAUUCCACGUGGACUCCUCCUCUGAGAGCCCCUUCCUCAUUCUGCCCAUGACCUUCUACCAUGUGCUGGAUGAGACGAGCCCCCUGAGAGACCUCACACCCCAAAACCUAAAGGAGAAGGAGUUUGAGCUUGUGGUCCUCCUCAAUGCCACUGUGGAAUCCACCAGCGCUGUCUGCCAGAGCCGAACAUCUUAUAUCCCAGAGGAAAUCUACUGGGGUUUUGAGUUUGUGCCUGUGGUAUCUCUCUCCAAAAAUGGAAAAUAUGUGGCUGAUUUCAGUCAGUUUGAACAGAUUCGGAAGAGCCCAGAUUGCACCUUUUACUGUGCAGAUUCUGAGAAACAGAAACUUGAGGAGAAGUACAGGCAGGAGGAUCAGAGGGAAAGAGAACUGAGGACACUUUUAUUACAACAGAGCAAUGUCUGAUCAUAGGAGUGCCAUCCAGGUUUAACCCUGCAAGCUGAUUCCACAUCAGAACUCCCAUCAAACACAAAGAUUGCUGUGAAAACGAAAAUGUGUAGAUGCACUCUCAAAAACUGCACGGACAUACAAAAUCAAUCUUUCCCUUUGAUCUUGUGGCUAAACCAGCAUUUCUGUGUUUGAGAGAUUUCCUUUUAAGUGCUUCGAAUGAAAGUGAACUCUCAUAAUUCAAAUUAUAUAAAAUAAAGCUACAUUUCUAAGAGCUUGGUGUAGGGCAAUUGGAAUAGUGUCCUGUUAGAUAAACAGACAUUUAGCAAUACUGACAUUAAAAGGAAAUGUAUUUCUGUACAAGAUUAUUAGCUCUAAUAUAAGAUAUUUAUUUAACCAAUAACCUUAUGGCCGAGAGUUGAUUUGUGGUUCAGUAUUCAUUGAUCUCACUGCUUUAAAACAUGCUGUUUUUGUUCAAGCAGGAAAAAUAUUAUAUCUAAUGAUGUCUAUUUGGUAAUACCUGAAAAGACGUAGAGCGACUCUCUAUUCACAAAAUAUAGUAAUUUCAUUUUUACCUUUCUUCAGUGGACUGAAUUGUAUGGAAGGAAAUCGAUCAGAUCUGUCAUUCACAACUGUGGAAACCUACACAAAUGGGGCUGAUGCCAUUGUUUCCUCUAUUUUUUAAUUUUAUUUUUAUGUUUUGGAAUUUACUAUCCUCUUUCCAUUCAAAAUGUUUCCAUUCAAAAUGUGGUUCACAGACCCACCGCAUCAGCACCAUCUGAGCGCUUAUUCAUAACGUGUAGAUUCUCAGGCCCCAGCCAGACUUACAGAAUUGGGGUGUCUGUAUCUUAACAAGAACCCCAGAUGAUUUGUAUACAGAUAAAAGUUUGAAAGCUCUGCUCUGGACAAUGUUUUCGAAGCAACUUUCUGAAGCCAUGUGGAAAACUGACUCUGUGGGUCCCGUAUCCCCAUGGCAUUCAGACCUGGCCCCUCUCCAUUUCAUUAUUAUUGGCCAAUAUUUCUUUCAGCCAUUUCAUUAUUAUUGGCCAAUAUUUCUUUCAGUCAUUUCAUUUCUUGUCUAUUAAAAUGCCUUGCCCAUAAAGGAACUGCAUAGAAUUAUCCCCUGACAUUCCAAGAGCAAAAUAAAGCUCUUGAGAGUAAUUGCUGUCUCAGUCAUGCUUGCUGAUUACAGUUAGCACAAAAGAAAAAUUCAGCUGCCUGACAAUACAGGAAAUGUUCUCAGAUGCUGAAGUUUGUAAGGUCCGGUGGGGCCAUGAGGAAGAAGAGGAGCUGAAGGUAAGGAACUCAUAAACAAGAUGACUCUCUGACGCAUGAACAAGAUUUGAAAAUCUCAAACCUGUAAAGAAUACCCCCGCUAUUUAAAUAAGGCUCAUACCAAGAGGUAACAUUUUGCCCCGGGCAAAAUUCAGGGGUCGAGUGCCCUGCAUUCCUUUGAGGCAAAAAAUAACUGGUCUAUGACUGGUUAAAUGUCCAAAAGGUGAAUUCUCAUUUCAUUCACAGAUUUGCACAUUCACUCAAGCAGAAUGUGGCCAUGAAUAUUCAGUCCCUGCAUACGUACAAAGAUGUACACAUGAUUCCCGCCACCACACACACAUACACUCACACACACGUACACACACACACACAGGCCCUGGCUCUUCAAGCAUAAUCAUGAUAGUCAUCAGUGAAAGAUAUUUGCGAUUAAGACAGCAAGUCCUUGACAAAUAUAUUCAUGUCUAUUUGGUUCUAUAAAAAUAUGAACAUUGAGACUCAGAGAAAAUGGGGAAAAUAAAGUGGAUUCAGAUAAUCAGUGAAAUGAUGGUAUAGAUUACAGUAGAUCUACUAUAUAUUGAUGUUACUGCAUUUGCAAAUGUCCUCCCAUUAAACAGAAAAUGUGGCGAAAACCCCUGGCCUGGAACUGAACUAGUUUAAGGUGUGUGUAAGGAUAAUGGGAGUCAAGUUUGUGAAAGUUUAAAGAACAAUCUCAAUCCACGAACAAGAGGGAGGAUGUUGUCUUUAAUUAUUUAGAAGGUUUUUUUUUCCUUGUCUGUUGAUAAGUUUAUGGAAGGUUGCUUUAGAUCUCCAUUCCUUAAAAAAUAUUACAUGGCAGUGUAGUUAGAUAUUAUCUCUUUUAGUUAUUAUACUUGCUAUUUUUACUGUAUACUGUGGUAUAAUCAACAAAAAAUAAUUCCAUGGGCAUGUUUACACCUUUUCUGUUGCACUAUUAAAUUCUUUUCACAGUAUUUAUAUCAAUGCUAAUUUAAAUGUGAUGCUGAUUAAAAAUCUUACUCAUUUAUAUUGUAUCUGGUACAAGGACAUAGCAUAAGAUUCAGAAAAAUUUUUGUAUUGUCAUUUAGCGUAUCAAUUUCAGCCAAAUUUGGAAGACUUGAUCAUCUUACCUUUUGCUCUACACACUCAAAACAAAUAUUGGAGUAGAAAUAUCACCUUAAAAUAUAUCUUAAUUUACAUUUAGAUAAUAUUGAAAUCACAUUCUAUUAAAAUUGGAAAUUUAAUUCAAAUAAAAAUCAAACAAAA